UAGUUGGCGUUUUAGACUCUUCUUCGGGUCUUUUGGGUUCAGCCUUGCUCAGCACUUCACAGUGUGGGCAGAGAGACUCGGAAUUUCUGGCCGAACCGUCCCCGUCAGCCUGGUCCUCUUUGAGGGAGAGGGACGUGGGAUGGGGUGCGGGGAGAAUCCCAGAGGAGCGGAGAAACACUGCGUCUGCGAAGUAGUAAUUGUCGUUACUAUGCCGAGUUCCAAGAGAGUUUCUUAAAAUUGUUAAAUCCACUUUGUUCUUUAAAAUGUACUUUGGGGAAUCUGUCCGGGGCGAUACCGUUUUACCCCAGUCUCCGGAGUAGAUCUGAGAGCCGAAGCGGCCAAGUGCCGUUCUAUUCAGUUGAAUGGUACAGCCUAGGUUAUCAUAAAAAUUUUCGGUGUGGAUAAAGAAAGGAUGAUAAUCCUUUGAAAUCUGAGUCAGAAUCCCUUCCCUUCCCCGAUUGAAUCUUGUUUUCUUGCAAUUUCAUUCAUCUUUAUGUACUUCUUUUUAAAGAAAACGUACAAGAUCUUGAUUUCUUUUGUGUGCGUACUUUGUGACAGGCGAGGCUGCUUUUUGGGACAUCUUACAACAUAUUCUGUACAAUCACUAAUACGGUGUUUUUAAGCUUAAAGUAAUGUGGGAUUUCUUUUUGUUGUUGUUUAUACCUAUAUUUUUAAUUCGUGGUAAACGACCAUUUGUAGCUUUUAAGCUCCAGUGCAAGUAAAAUAUUUUCCACUAUUUGGAAAGUUUUGCAUAUAUUAACCCAUCUUUCAUUUUCAGUUAAGGAUUUUCAUGUUUUCCCAUUACUUCAGAUUUCUUUAAGCUGGUUACUUUCUGAGGAUUACUAUAUUUUAAUUGUUAGUAAUUUGAGUAAUUUAUCACUGCUUUAACAUUUAAAGACUCUGACCAUGGUGAUAACGCCAGAUAUCUUAGCCUUUUAACUGAGAUGGUGUAGUAGACGUAAGAGUUCAUGUAUUUGGUUAAGAUUCAGAAAUUUAGUUAAGGUUUAGGAAAAAAAAAAGGUUGAAGUUGUAUUACAAAGAUUGUCAUACGGAGAGAAUACAAUUAUGUGUGAGAAUUACGUGGUUUUUUUUUCAUUUACAAAGCAUGAAAAGCUUGAUCCUAUCUAAAUAUAACAAUGUUUGUUACAUUUAUGAAGAAAAUUUUUUCAUGAUUCGUGAUUUUUAUCAUUUUAACUCCGUGUAUACUAGGUGCUUCUGUGUGCCACCAAACAAGCUAAUUUUUUUUUCGCUAUUUUAGUUGAUAGGCUCACCCCAAAAUAUGCUUUUUGGAACUGAUAUAGAUCCUGCAUAUUCUGCGUGAAAUCUCUAAUUGAGUGCAUUUGAGCUAGAUGUUGGAGCCAAAAUGCUAUUGCCCUGUCUUCAUCAACAUUUAAUCAACUGUUGCAGAGAUAGGAACAUGGGGGAGAAACAAUCUGGAUAACAUGAAAGUAAUGCUGGUGGCCAAGGGAAGGCAACUUGAUUCUGUGGGAAGGGCUGUAGCUGAUCCAUCUGUUGUCUAGAUUUGAGUAUGAGCACAGUUGAAGAGGAUUCUGACACAGUAACAGUAGAAACUGUGAACUCUGUGACUUUGACUCAGGACACAGAAGGGAACCUCAUUCUUCAUUGCCCUCAGAAUGAAGUAGAUGAAAUAGACUCAGAAGAUAGUACUGAACCUCCACAUAAAAGGCUUUGUCUGUCCUCUGAGGAUGAUCAGAGUAUUGAUGAUUCUACUCCUUGCAUAUCAGUUGUUGCACUUCCACUUUCAGAAAAUGAUCAGAGCUUUGAGGUGACCAUGACCGCGACCACAGAGGUGGCAGAUGAUGAGAUUACUGAGGGCACUGUGACACAGAUCCAGAUUUUGCAGAAUGAACUAGGUGAAAUGUCUCCCUUGGGUAAUGAGGAAGUUUCAGCAGUUAGCCAAGCAUGGUUUACAACUAAAGAAGAUAAGGAUUCUCUGACCAACAAAGGACAUAAAUGGAAGCAGGGGAUGUGGUCCAAAGAGGAAAUCGAUAUUUUGAUGAACAAUAUUGAACGCUAUCUAAAGGCACGCGGAAUUAAAGAUGCUACAGAAAUCAUCUUUGAGAUGUCAAAAGACGAAAGAAAAGAUUUCUACAGGACUAUAGCAUGGGGUCUGAACCGGCCUUUGUUUGCAGUUUAUAGAAGAGUGCUUCGCAUGUAUGAUGACAGAAACCAUGUGGGAAAAUAUACCCCUGAAGAAAUUGAGAAGCUCAAGGAGCUCCGGAUAAAGCAUGGCAAUGACUGGGCAACAAUAGGGGCGGCGCUAGGAAGAAGUGCAUCUUCCGUCAAAGAUCGGUGCCGACUGAUGAAGGAUACUUGCAACACAGGGAAAUGGACAGAAGAAGAAGAAAAGAGACUUGCAGAAGUGGUUCAUGAAUUGACAAGCACUGAGCCAGGUGACAUAGUCACACAGGGUGUGUCUUGGGCAGCUGUGGCUGAACGAGUGGGUACCCGCUCAGAAAAGCAGUGUCGUUCUAAGUGGCUCAACUACCUGAACUGGAAACAGAGUGGGGGGACUGAGUGGACCAAGGAAGAUGAAAUCAAUCUCAUUCUCAGGAUAGCAGAGCUUGAUGUAGCUGAUGAAAAUGACAUUAACUGGGAUCUGUUAGCUGAGGGAUGGAGCAGUGUCCGUUCACCACAAUGGCUUCGCAGUAAAUGGUGGACUAUCAAAAGGCAAAUUGCAAACCAUAAGGAUGUUUCAUUUUCUGUCUUAAUAAAAGGUCUUAAACAGUUACAUGAAAACCAAAAAAACAACCCAACGUUUUUGGAGAAUAAAUCAGGAUCUGGAGUUCCAAACAGUAAUUCCAAUUCCGGGGUACAACAUGUUCAGAUAAGAGUUGCCCGCUUGGAAGAUAAUACAGCCAUCUCUCCUAACCCCAUGACAGCAUUGCAGAUUCCAGUCCAGAUCACCCAUGUCUCUUCAACAGACUCCCCUGCUGCUACUGUUGACUCGGAAACAAUAACACUAAACAGUGGAACACUACAGACAUUUGAGAUUCUUCCAUCUUUCCAUUUACAGCCCACUGGCACUCCAGGCACCUAUCUACUUCAAACAAGCUCAAGCCAAGGCCUUCCCCUAACUCUGACUGCUAGUCCCACAGUAACCCUGACAGCUGCUGCUCCUGCUUCUCCUGAACAGAUCAUUGUUCAUGCUUUAUCCCCGGAACACUUACUGAACACAAGUGACAAUGUCACAGUGCAGUGUCACACACCAAGAGUCAUCAUUCAGACUGUUGCCACAGAGGACAUCACUUCUUCCAUAUCCCAAGCAGAACUGACAGUAGAUAGUGAUAUUCAAUCAUCUGAUUUUCCUGAGCCUCCAGAUGCCCUAGAAGCAGAUACUUUCCCAGAUGAAAUUCAUCACCCUAAGAUGACUGUAGAACCAUCAUUUAAUGAUGCUCACGUAUCCAAAUUCAGUGACCAAAAUAGCACAGAACUGAUAAAUAAUGUUAUGGUCAGAACAGAAGAAAUCUCUGACACCGACCUUAAACAAGAGGAGGAAUCGCCCUCUGAUUUAGCCAGUGCUUACGUUACUGAGGAUUUAGAAUCUCCUACUAUAGAAGAACAAGUUGAUGAAACAAUUGAUGAUGAAACAAUACUUAUUGUUCCUUCACCACAUGGCUUUAUUCAGGCAUCUGAUGUUAUAGAUACUGAAUCUGUCUUGCCUUUGACAACACUAACAGAUCCCAUACUCCAACAUCAUCAGGAAGAAUCAAAUAUCAUUGGAUCAUCUUUGGGCAGUCCUGUUUCAGAAGACUCAAAGGAUGUUGAGGAUUUGGUAAAUUGUCAUUAGGUAAUUCUUAGAACAGGCAGUUCAAGCAAAGAAGCCACACUGUUAAUCACAACAUCUUUAAGGAAGUAGAAACAACUUACCUUCGGGAGGUUUAAUUUACCAUUUGAAAUAGUUAAAAGUGCUUAAGCCACACACAUUGUUGCUGCUAUGACUUUUUAUCUCCUUUAAACAUGUCAUCUGAGGUCCAGUUCUGACAGUGUGUAGUUGAGUGGACUAUGGGAGUUUGAAUUGAACUGUGUAGAUCCUUAUGCUAAGUGUUUUUUGUUAGUAAGCAAUUUCAUUCAUUCACUUCGGCUGCUGAGAAAAGUUUGAAGUCACUGAAGUUUUAAUUGCUCUAGUUUCAAAACAGUACUAUUCAUCUCUAAGUGUCAGACUCAAGUAGGCCGGGUAGUAAUUUUAAAGAAGUCACAUCAACAGGUCUAUCGAUGACCUUCAAAAUUAAAUACCAUUACUUUGAGAUUAAAACAGAGAUGUAGGAUGUUGUGGUUACUUCUGAUAACCCAUUGUUGGCAGUAGAAGCUGAUUUAGGCAGGGUAAAGAGGAAAGCAUUAAAAGUUAACAUUCACUACAGGUUUUUUACUACUUUAAAGGGAAUAUGGAUAAGUAUAGUAACAAAACCCACCAGAAGCUAAGCAAUUUUCACCCCAUCAGAAACCACUGUCAAUAGUUUACAAAGUUAGCACUUUGAAGUAAAAUUAAACUAAAUGGACAAGGAGAAUGUUGCCUAUCCUUGAUACCAUGAGCAUUUAUUACAUGUUUAGCAAUAUAUAAUUACCAGAAAAAGUUGGGGUAUUAAGAAUUUGCCUUUCAUUUAGUGCAUUAACUGGCAGGGUACAAUAUACUUCCUCUCCAGGCAAUUUCAAAAAACAAAACAAAAAUUCCUUCUGUAACAAAAGGAAACAAAUCAACAGUCAUUCCUAUCCUAGAAGAGGGUAAGCCAAAACUAGCCAUUAGAGCUUUUAUGAACAUGACCCCUAUAGAAAAGCCACAAAAAAAAAACUUGUAUAAAUUAUUUUAUUUAUUAUUGUAAUUAGAUCUUCACAAUCAAAGUUGUCUUUUCACCAUCUGUGUUUUGUUAAUGUGAAAUUUAGUUGUAGUUAUAAACAAAAGUUGGUUGCCUAGGGAACAAUUGUAUAUUCAAUUUAACAGAAAUAAAAGAAUAUUUGUCUUAAA